AUGGAUUCCAGCAGCCAGGAAAUUUCCCCAGUCAUCAAAAGACCUCUACCCAACGCCGUCAUCUACGAUCUCUCAUACGCGGAUCGCGUCGUGGUUACUCUUCCGACAGGGUCUACGUGGUCGAGCGGACUCCAUUGGCACGAACAGCAUGCCGAGUACCUGCGUGUCGUCAAGGGAAAAGUCCGUGUGAGGCUUGGAGACAAGGUCCAGGUCAUAUGCGCCCCGGAGAGCGGGAACGUCGUGAGGGAGAUCAAAGUGGAGAAAAACACGCGCCACGAAUGGAGCAGGGAAGCGGCAGAUGGAGAAGACGUGGUCGUCGUGGAAAGGACUGAGCCAGAGGACGGGAACAAGGCGAUAUUUUUCUGGAAUCUAAACGGUGUGGUGUUGGACGCACAAGCAGAAUCCAAACUACAGGAGACGAUCAUCGCGGGGUUUUCGGUGGUAUGGCUAGAGCACCUGCUGAGGGAGUUUCAAGUACACCUGAAGCUGUUCACCAUCUUCCGAUCGUUGGAUAACUUUCCGGUCUUCGUGGACUUGACUGGGUCAAGCGCAGGUGGCUACCUGAAGAAAAUACGACCAGCUCUGCCAAGCUUGGUCGAAUGGCUCAUCGCGCAUUUCUUAUUGGAGGCGGCGGCCAUAUUUUCAUCUGUGUGGGGGAUUAAACCGGUGCAAAGAAAGUACACUCCGAAAGAUGCUUUUGAUGACUGGCAGCGUAGGAUAGCUGGGGAGUCAAAACAUGAAUGA